GUAGCGCCGGGCGUUGCCAUGGCGACGCCGUCGGGACGGGCCGGGCCGGGCCGGGCCGCCAUGGAGGCGGCGGGCGGGCGUUACAGCGGGGGCACCGUGCGCGGCAGGAUGGAGGGACAGGGCUCCUACACGCUGCCGACGGGCACCGAGUACCGGGGAGCGCUGCGGGACGGGAUGUUUGAGGGAGAGGGAGAGCUGAUCUUCCCCAACGGCGGCAGAUACCGGGCGGUCUGGCACCGCGGGGUGCCCGUGCAGGGGAAAUACACUUUUGCAGAUGGUCUCCAAUACAAAGAUAAAAAAUGGCGUUACUGUGAUGGCUACGACAGAAGAUUUUAUACAGAAAUCUGUUCUGGUCUUAAACCACCAGGCACUUCUCAGCUUACAAAUCUGGAUCCUCCCCAAAAAAUCCCGGAAGGUUGUUACGACUGUGGUGAUGGAUUCUAUAAUCCUGAAACCAGAGUUAUUGUUGACUACAAACUCAGGUUUCUGAGAAAUGCAGGUCUGGCAGCAGGCUUUCAGAAUACUCCAGUUCUCACCUUUCACCCUGGCCCUAUUAUGAAGCAAUUUCUGAUUGUUUCUCAGCUGUUUGUGAAAGAGGGCAAGGAAGCAUACGGCCUUGGCACCGGCUUGCCUCCAAACUGGCAGCAUCCAGGUACCAUUACAGAAGAGAAGAAAAUAGACGCCAUUUGAAACUACUGAGUUUGCUUCCACCACUUCUUUGUCAAGACGAGUGGAUGUAGAGUACUGUAGAGACUCCUGUUAAAUUUGGCAAGCCUUGCAUUUCACUAGCGUGGAGGUCUGAUACUCAUUUACUUAGAGAGCUCUUACUGUUAAAGCAGUGCAAAGGCCCAUCAUGAAAACAUAAUCAGGCCCAGGGAAUAAAAUGACAGCAACAGUUUUGUUAUACGUUUUUAUCUAGCAAAGUUUUCCAAAUUCUCAUUACAAUCUUGCAGUUCUUACUCCGUCCCUAAACCUCUGUUUCCUCGGGGAUGCUCAAAUUUCUCUUGAUUCUCCAUGUGUGCUUCAAUCUUUUCUUUUUUCCAGUAUUGCGAAGUACACAAAAUUGGACACAUAAAUAAGAAUGGUAAUGCUCAUUUGUAAGAAGAUACGUUGUUUAUUUUGAAUAGAUACUGGGACUAGACUCCUGUUUCACUAGGAGCAUUACUUUUUUUUUUUUCCAGCAAUAGGACUCCUGGCACCUUUGUAACAGAGCUUGGUCAAUAGAAAGAUGGGAAGAUGGCCCAAUUUUUCAGUGAAAAGUAGAAAAUACAUGAUGUUAUGUUUAAUGCAAAGCAGGGAGGUACAAGAAGAGCUGUGACAUUCAGGUUUUAGGGCCCCCAAAUAUUGGAGAAGCCCAGAGCUUUCAAAGAGAAAAUACCGUCAAAAAUAGAAAUUUUGUUAUACUGAGAUAGAAAAGAUUAUAGGAGAUUGCCUGGGUCACCUCUCUUUUGAUGAAAA